AUGUCGUCGACAUUUCGUGUGGUAUCGAGAGACUGCAGUAGCCUCCUCCAAGCGCACUACCGUCUCGACGGUCACCCACAUGUGAACCCAAUCCACGAAGUACUGGUUGGGGACAAGAGGGUUUACCUUAUAUUUCCAAAAUCGCACUCCGAUCUCCAUUCGUAUGUGCGGGCGAGGAAAAGGUUGAGAGAGCAUGAAGCGCGGAGACUAUUUAGACAAAUGGCGGAAACCGUAGCAGCGUGUCACGAACAAGGCAUCGUCUUAAGAGAUCUCAAGUUGAGGAAGUUCGUCUUCGCUGAUCCUCAAAGGACGACGCUAAAACUUGAAUCGUUAGAAGACGCGGUCGUUUUAGACGACCCUGAAGAGGAUCUUCUCCAAGAUAAGAGAGGAUGUCCCGCGUACGUCUCGCCAGAGAUUCUCCGUGCUCAUCGGACGUACUCCGGGAGAGCGGCCGAUAUGUGGUCGCUCGGCGUCAUACUGUACACCAUGCUCGUUGGAAGGUAUCCGUUUAACGACUCGGAGCACGCAUCGCUGUUCGCUAAGAUAUCACGAGGGUACUUCGUGGUGCCGGAGUGUUUGUCGUCUCGAGGUAAAUGUUUGAUUCGAUCGCUGUUAAGGCGGGAAGCCUGUGAGCGUCUUAGUGCGAGGGACGUGUUGCGUCACCCGUGGCUGGCCCGCGAUCCUCGCAACGAACUACCUCCGCGCGCUGCUUCCUCGCACGACCGCCUUGUACCCGACAUCGCCAUGGACGACGUCUAAUACCCGCCCUUCAAAACUGGUGCUGGCAUCAGUUCACGACAUACGUCAUCCUCCAACAGCACAAGAGUGGCCAUUUGUACAGAUUAUAAAAUUUGACAGAUGUUAGAUUAAUGAAAUCUAAGUCUUAAAUUGUAUUGUUUCGCAAAUGGCCUCCAGCCGGCCCGGUCCCUGCUCUUGCACACCGUCGGCCUAAAGUUUUCAUUAUAAUCCGGCCUAAUUCGGUGUAAGCUUGCGGUCGCUGACUGAAAUGUCGGAUAUUCCGCGUGGAUGUUUAGAGUUCAGCGUGUAGUAUCCCAAGCCAAAUAAAGGUCUCUAUCGAGAUUUUAAUUUAGUGAUUACGGGACGGGUGCGAGCGGCGGGUCCGCGUCCCGCCCGUCCGCUUAAUUUAUAAAGUAGAACCGUACGGUAGCGCAAUAAAAAUCGCAUAAUCCGACGUAUAUUAAACGUUAACUUUUUAAUGGGGUUUUUUAGUUUUAUGCAGUUUUUAUUCGCGUUACGCGUCGGCUUUACAGCUGUGGUAUAUGUAACGUUUAUAAUGACAGGAUAAGUGAGACUGAUAUCGCGUUUUUGUGAUCAAAAUAUGAAAUAUUAAGCGAUCCAUCGUGCUUCGUACGAGUGAGAGCCCUGGCGAUGAUGUACCCAUUGUCGCUCACGAGACUUCGCUGCGUACAAAGUGUUCUGUUAACUACUGCGGUAAUUCCUGUUAACCGUUUAAUCAUAUCAAUUUCACAUCAAUAUAGGAUGGGUAUAUUGCUUUGAAAUUGCGGCUAUAGUUUUAGGUGAACUACCUAGGUGUGUAUAUUUUGUAUUUAUAUAAAAAAAAUUAAAUUUAUAUCGUGUAAUUGUGAUCUCCACCGAUGUUAUUUAGCGAUUACUUGAUUGCCAUUAUGUUGUUGUACAGAAGAGGAUAUCUUUUGUUUCACGACGUUCAGUUGCUUCCAUCAUAGAGUUAUUAUAUGUGAGUUUUUGGUUAAUCUAUAUCAUGAUUAUGUAUUCGGCAUAUAUACGUGUGAAUUAAUUAUUUUGUUACAAUCUUUAUCGAUCAAAAUUAUGUUAUUCGCAUCACCAUGUACCGAAUAAGAUCAUACUUUGGUUUUGUGCCAUUUAUUUAAUUUUAAUUAAUUUAUUCGUUGUUGUAAUUGACGGUGUGACGUCGGCACUUCUUCCUAAUAUUUAAUUGUUGCAUUUGGUACUUGGUGUUGAGUUGAAAUCGAUUUAAAAUUUCAAAUCAAUAUUUUUUUUU